CGGACCAGCGGCCGCCGCAUGAGCACGACGACUUUUCUCGGGCGCACGCCAGUAGUAUAAUAAUAACAACGAUAAUAAAAAUAAUAAUAAUAAAAACAAUAACAAUAUUAGUCAGUGUGUUCACGUGCGUAUGACCGAUGUGCCCUUUUACCAAAGUACACAAUAUACAACUGCACAGGGGCAGAAACGAAAACACGUAGCGGUGGCGGAGGAGGAGGAGGUGGUGGCGGCGGCGGCGUCGGAGUCGGUGUUGACGGCGGCGUCGGUGGUGAAUACGACUACUGCUGCGACGACGACUACGACGACGGCAGCAGUGGUUGCGGCGUCGAUAGUGACGGCGGAAUCGGUGGAAAUGGCGGCGGCGACGGCGGUAUGGACGGCAAUGGCCACUGCACUUAGUGUCUAGCCCGCUGUGGAGACACCAUGGAGACGAGAAUGGCUGCGUAAUGAACGCGCUCGCGGCUCGGGCGGCGUUGUCUGCACUCUAUACCGCGUCGACGUCAUCGUCGUCACUCGAGGCGGCGGGAGCCCAUGCGUGGACGACGGUGGCGUCGGCAGCCGCGGCCGUGGUUUCGAACGGCACCGCCACUGUGUUGCCCGACAGCGGACCGCUGCAACCCAGGUUUACGCUGUCCCAGACAGUGUUCAUCGCGCUCGUGUCCGGCAUGCUCAGCUUCGUCACCGUGUCCGGUAACAUAAUGGUCAUGGUGUCGUUCAAGAUCGACAAGCAGCUGCAGAACAUCAGCAAUUACUUCCUGUUUAGCCUGGCGAUGGCCGACUUCUUCAUCGGACUCAUAUCCAUGCCGCUGUUCACCGUGUACACCAUACUCGGCUACUGGCCCUUUGGCCGGCACGUGUGUGACGGCUGGCUAGCGCUCGACUACUUGGCCAGCAACGCUUCCGUGCUCAACUUGCUGCUGAUCAGCUUCGACAGGUACCUGUCCGUCACUAGGCCGCUGACGUACAGGGCCAAGCGGACCAAAGGCAAAGCGUUGCUGUUCAUAUCGGCAGCAUGGAUCAUUUCGCUCGGCUUAUGGCCGCCGUGGAUUUAUCUAUGGCCGAUCAUAGAAGGUCGCCGAACCGUGCCCGAAAUUCAGUGUUAUAUACAGUUUAUACUGACCAAUCAGUACAUUACUUUCGGUACAGCCAUUGCCGCCUUUUACGUACCGGUAACGGUGAUGUGUUUUCUGUAUUUCCGUAUAUACAGAGAGACAAAAAAGAGACAAAAAGACUUGCCGAAUCUGCAAGCCAUGAACAAACCACACAACGAUCAUCAACACGAGGAAUCGUGGGGUCGCAUACGGUCCGAGUCGAAUCAAGUGAAUUCGUUGGAUCGGCAGGAAUUGUAUGAGACCAGUUCGUUGCGCAAAGCGUACUCUCAGUGUUCAUUGAAAGCGAGGCGCCUGCUGACGUGGUCGUGGCUGCGCGAUUGGUGCGUAGACUGGUGGCACUCAGGCCGCGACGACGAAUACGACGAGGAAGACGACCAGACGCCCAGCGACGUGCCGGGGGGCAUAAGCUACGGUACUACCGUGUCCAGGUCGACGUCGUUGAACGUCAUACAUCAGCAGCAGCCCACAACGCCGACGCCGGUAAAAUCCUAUCACGCGGUCAACAAUAACAACCGACUGACCCACCGGUCUUUGUCCAACGACUCGGUGUACACGAUCGUGAUAAAGUUGCCGGGUGACAGCGACGUGCAAGACGCGCCGACUGUGAAACAGUAUCACGGGUGUUACGAGGAGUCGCGGCGGCACGGUGCGGCGGCCAGCGCGAUAUCGCGUCGGCCGUCGUCGCAGGACAUGCGGCUUCCGCUGAACGCGGCGAAGAUGAUCGUGCAACCGAAGCAGCUGACCCGGGCGCAGGGAGUGGCGUUCCAGGCCAAAGAGAAAAAGAAGAAGAAGUUUCAGGAGAAAAAGAGCGAGCGGAAGGCGGCCAAAACGCUGUCUGCCAUACUGCUGACGUUCAUCAUCACGUGGACGCCGUACAACAUACUGGUGCUGCUGAAACCGUUCACGGCGGCUACCGGGGGCGACGACGGGGGCGGCGGCGGCGACGAGGCCGACAGCAACAAGGAGUGGGUGACGCAGGGCAUGUGGGACUUUUUCUAUUACCUGUGCUACAUAAACAGCACCAUCAAUCCGGUGUGCUACGCCCUGUGCAAUGCCACGUUCCGCAUGACCUACGUGCGGAUACUCAAGUGCAAGUGGAACACUCGCAGGCAGCCACCACACUUCCGCGCGUGAUGAGACCGACCGGCUGUGGUUACCGCAUAUGUUUAUAUAAUAUAUUACUUAUAUAUAUAUAUGUAUACAUAUAUACACUGUUGUUUUCGGGUUUUUUUCUCGCGAAGUGGCCCUUUUGAGCCCCCCCCAUCCGCCAAACGUGCUAUAUUUGGCGCUAUUAUACGAUUGAACACGUUGAUUGUACCUUUUAAAAUAUAUAUUAUUGACUGCUAUGAACUGUGUGUGGGCCGAGCGUACAUCAAUGGAAUAACUGCCGACAUCGGAUAAACAAUAUGACUUAGUACGAUUUCGUUACAACGUUACCAUAUUAAUAUUUUCAAAAAUGAUCGAUGUGCAUUAUAUCGAGUUCUAAUAAUAUGCCAACUAUAAUAAUCUGAAUGUUUGAAAUUAUUCAGCAACAUAAAAAAAUAAAAAUUUUGAAAGUCCGAUAGUUGAUGAAUGCCAAAGAAAACAAUAAUUCAUUUAUUUCUAAAGUUUACUAGAGGAGUUGGUCACGGAGAACAUUGUCACAUAUAUUGCCAUUUUGGUUUAAGAAUAAUAUGUUUUAAUUGAGUACCUACUUGAGUCAUCUAUAAUUUUCGUUUCAAUAAUUUUGGAAACGUUUUGAAUAUAGAAAAAAAUUAUGUGUAUUCAAUAUUAUACAAACAUAACACUUAAAAAGUAGCUUGAAAAUAAAAGCGUGUUUAAUCGUAUUUUGCCCGUGUAUGGUUACGUUACGGGUUUGCAUCAUUUACCGUACGCGUAUAUUAUACUUAUCGCAUUAUUAUAACGGGGCAUGCAGGGCAACCUUUAACUAAUAUUUGCUGAAAAUUUGUCAGAGGACAUGUCACUAGUGUAUUUUACGGUAUUUGUAGGGUGUGCAGCAGAAAGAAGCGCGAGAGAUAGUGGGCAGUGAGAUAAAAAAAUACAAAAACUUAUAGAAAAAAAAACUAAAAAAAAAAUAAUAUAAUGAUUUUAAGACUGUUCGCGGGAUCCACAUGGUUAUCCCGGCACAAGUGUGUAUUUUAUAAAUUUAAUAUACCUAUGUAGGCAAACAUGCGUUUAACAUUUUGCGUUUAUAUAUAUAUAUAUAUAUAUAUAUAUUAACUAUAUAUAAAUAUAAUUAUAUAUAUUAUAUAUAAUAUUUAUAGGUGAAAUGUACGUGCAAAUCAGUGGCGUAAAAUAUGAGGAGGCUUCAACAAAGCGGACAAAUCUUGCUCCGUAGCCUUUUUAAUUAUCUUUAUACUUUCUCGGUAUUUGCGAUGUAAGAAAUAAUCAUAUAUAUAUAUAUAUAUAUAUAAGUACCAUAUUCAAUAUAAUAAAACAUUAUUUAAAAAAAUUUUAUCUAAAAUAUCGUUUCAAUACGAUAUCAUCAUCAAAAGUGCUUAUACCCGUGUCAAAAUCUAAAUAUGCCACUGACUGUAAAAGCGCGUGACCUUGAUUGUAUCGCUUUUUGCAGGCCCAUAUCCAUAUUAUAAUAAUAGUAAUAGUAACUAUAUUAUUUAUAGUAAUAACAAUAAUAAUAAUACACAUGAACAAUAACGAUCGAACAGGGAAAUCAUAGAGAUUAUUUGGAAGACGAUUCGAACAAUUCGUCUGCGAAGAGGUGUGUGCGGAAUUUCAGCUAAAAUAUACUUCGAGAACGUGUUCGAUAUCAUCAUUAUCAUUAUACAUCAUAGUAAAUAUAUGUUUAGGUGUAUGUUUGAAUAUUAAUUAUUUAGUGAUAUUUAUUAUUAAUGUACUAUCAGAGAGUGGACAAAAGUUUGUUUUAUUUUUUAUUUUUUUUUAACAGUAAAGUAAACCAUCUUGACUGAAAAAUUAAUUUUUUUCAUUUUAUGCUAAACAUUCAUUGAGUUCAAUAUUAAGUUACAUUCAAAUAUGAUAAACGUGAAUUACCAAUGUUAAAAUAUUAUCGAAAAUAUUAUAAUACGGAAUUUAGUGUCGUGUACAUUUAACGUAGCAGAAAUGUAUUAUUAAAUUAAAUAACCAAAUAAACAAUUACCAUAAUUAUAGUAUUCUUUUGAUAGUAGUAUCAUUGACAGCAGGGGAAAAAUGAGUAUUAAUUACUAUUAAGUAUUAUUAACAUAAAAUUAAAUAUUUGUUUUUAUUUCAUAAGUAAUUGGUUAUAAUAUCUCUAACUCCAAUAUAUGUAACGAAAUAUUAAAUAAUAGCCAACCGGCAUAAGUAUAAUGUAUAUGAUAUUAGUUUGUAAGUAUAUUAGCUUUUAAACGGAAAGAAGGAAGUAAAACAUGUUUCUUUUAUAAACCACGUCUACUGAUUAUAAAUUUAAAUUUUAAAAUAUAUCUGUUACUUUGAUUUUGACAAAAUUGUGCAAAAUGUUCAAUAGUUUUUGGGAAAAAUGUACAGGGAGAAAAUAACAAUCGGUAUAGGUUAACACGGCCUUAAUAUUUUCAAUGCUGAAUUUUAUAAGAACAUUUUACCUGUAAAAAAAUUAAUGUUUGCAAACAAAACCGUUUAAUGAUUAAUUUGUGUAUAUUUUUGUGAAGCUUAUAAUUUUUUAUUCAUUGUACUGAACUCUAAUUAAAAAUCCUAUAUAAAUCUGGUUAAAUGAAUAAUUCAAAAAUUUUCGGAAAUAAAUCUAACAUCUUGCAAACAUUUAUAUUCAUAUUCAUGCAUAAGAGAUAAUUCACAAAGUAGUUUAACACCCAUCUUUUUCAAGUUCAGAUUUUUGGAAUUAUACUUAAGGACUUAAAGUUUGGACGAGUAAUUUUUAAGUUAUUUACUUUGUGUAUUAACUACCAUAGAUAGUAGGCUCAUGCGAUAAUAGAUUAGGUCUGCAAUGAUGACUUUUGCAAUUAAUAUUAAUGUAUCGAAAUUUUAUUAUUUGUAAAAAUAAAUACUAGAUACAGUAUUAUAUACACAUAUUUUAUGUAUUUGCAAAACCAUUUUUAAAGAUUAUUAUUCCCAUAGUACCAAUAUACAUUUUACUCUAAUUCAGAAAUUACUCAUCAAAUUAAAAUUUAGAUAUAUUAGCGUUUUCAAUAAAAUCAUUUACAAUCGCAGUGAAAAAGUUCGGAUACUUGUUUCAAAAAAAAAGAUUGUACCGUCACGGGACACUGCUUAAAUGAAUUAAAAUGAUAUUUAUACAAAUCUAAAAUAGUUUAAAAUAUUGUCCUUAAGUAAACUUAAAAUAAUUUAAUUUAUUUGUAGAUUAAUACAAAUAAUUUUUAAUUAUUAAUGAAUAUGAAUUUAAGUGAAAAUGGGAGUAAGAAUGCUUGGUGAAUCACUCUGUAUACAGUAUAUAUUAUAAUAUUAUGUAAGUUUAAAGAUCGACAAAAGUCAAUUUUUACGAUCAAGUUUUCAGAUUUUUAAUGAAACAUAUUUUUUAGUAUAGAUAAUAGGUAUGCAUAAUAUAAAUUACCAUCUGUAAAUAUACGUAUAAUAAGAUAUUCAGGUUGAAGUUUUCCAUGGUAGUGUUUUCUAUUAUCGGUUGCCGUCUAACCUCGUUACCGAUGAAUUUUUUAGUAGAAAUAACAUAAACACACUUGAAGGAAUGAUCUCAUGUAUAAAAGUGAAAGUUUUGGGGGUAAAACCAAUAUGGGGUAAUUUCUUUAUGUUUUAGGCCUGUACAUAAAUAUGUUCCUAAAAGCAGGGACCAAAAAAUGGGCCGACAAACACUUAUUAUAUUAGGUACAAGAGGAAUUGUCAAAUUUGACAAAUAAUUUUUAUUUUAUAAUUUAACUCUUGUACAAAGCAGCUUUAAUAAGAGGAGGGCAAUGUGUACCAAGGUUAUUUUCAAUAAUGGAAUAUAAAUUUAAAAACGUUUAUCAUUAUCUUAGAUAUUUCCUGUAACUCCUAACAACUGCCGUGAACAAUUUUAACGAUUUGAAAUGUUUACAUAUUGAGAUUCAGUUGAAAUGUAAUAUAUUUAUGUAACUGCCCAGUAUUUAAUAAAACAUUACAUUAUACAUUAUUACAUUACUUACAAUUAAAAACGGAAAUUUUAUCGAAUUUUUCUUUUUAUAUUAUACCAUACAACUACCAUAUAAUAUAACUAAAAUGACCAGAUUGAACACCUAUUUGCCUACAUAGAAGUGAUUUAGUACCUACCAUAAUAUUAUGUCGUCUGACGCAUGAUGAGUUAUGAUUUGUUAUAUAAAAUAUGAUUUACAAUUUAUAUGUAUUACAUAAAUUGAAUGUGAAUUUAAUGAAAUCUAAUCAACGAUAUUAAAAUAUACUAUAACUUAAAAACUAUUCUAUUUCAAAGUACUUAUACUGUUAUAAAUUAUAAACAAAAUGUACUUUUUAAUAAAAUAAUUUUUUUUUAUUAGUUUGAUAUUCUUAAGAACCGUGUAUAAAUUAUAUUAUUCAUAAAAUUUGUACUAUUGUCAAAAAAAAAAAUAAAAUGAAAACAAAAUAAAUAUCUUA